AUGGACCUGAAAGGACUAAUCACCCAGUGUAAAGUACGGCAGUGUUCAGAGUGUCAAAACAAAACCGAACACUACUGUAACACGUGUAAACAUGACCUGUGUCUACAGUGUAAAGAGAGACAUUUUAUUGAUCUGGAUACCACAUAUCAUAAUGUUGUGGUUUACCGUGAGAAAUAUAAAUUUGUCUUAAAACAAGAGAUAUGUGAAAGACAUCCAGGCAGAAUCUAUGAAAUGUUCUGUAAUUCAUGCCAAUUGCCCGUAUGUGACCAUUGUACAGAACACAAGGAGAGUAAGCUAUUCGCUGCUUGUUAUCAAAGUACAGAACAAAAAGAACAUAAAAUACAUGACAUUAGAAAGGCAUAUUAUACAAACCGUCAGCAAAACAGACAAAUCAUUUCUAGAAUCAGAGGUGAGGAUCUUUAUACCAGUUGUCUUAUCUUAUCAGAAAUCAGAUAUGAUAUAAAAUUUUGUCAUAAAGAAAUCUUCAACUAUCGAAAAGAAAUAGCAGGAAAAGCCAAGAGACUUAAGGACCUUAUAAACACUGUGAUCUGUGAGAUAAAAAUCAGACAUAAACGUAAGAUUCUUAAAUUAAAACAACAGGACAGAAAAAUGAACAAGCACCUUGUCAAAAUUGAAAACUAUGAACAAAGAUCUGAAGAGUCAGCAAACAGACCAAUACAAUUCCUUUCAUUCCAAAAGAAACCCUUUAUUUCGAGGAAAAGUAACACUUCAAAUCUUUUGAAACAUACCCUGCUCUCCCUUUCCAAGAAAUUCAAUAGGGAGGAUGUGAUUAAAUUGCUGACUGAAAUCCAAGUCACAGAGCAAACCGGAUCUGGAUCAGUGAUUGGGAGAGCAAUCUCAUCCUGUCGAACAAAGAAGGUGACAAACUACAUCAUCUGA